CCUGUGGCGUGUCUGUCAGCGUUCAAGCCCAGAGCACCCCAAUUUUAGGGAUUUUUCGUUCGAAAUUCCACUCGACUGUAGCUCGCCCUCUCUUUCCUGUUCUUUGACGGGUCAUGAGUUCUUGAGAGGUUCCAGCGAAUCAAAUAGCCAGAGCGGGAGUGGGCGAGCCCAUCACGGUUUUACAAUAAAAUGUUGAGUUUUAGUUGUAUAGAGUGAUAUCUCUGCGAGCAGCAUAAAUAAAUAAGUCUGAGGGGCGGAAGGUUUUUUUUUUCCUUGAAGACCUUGAGAGGCUGUGAAAGUGGACCGAGGGAAUACAGAGGGAUGAAGAUGGGAAAUUUUAAAGAUGGAAGAGGGCACGUGGAACACCUGCGCAAACUGGAUUUUUGCCCUACAACGUCUCAAAGGAAGCAGGCUGUGAGCUGAGGGAAGGCAGAGGACAUGAAUGUGUUCGGAGGGUUUCCUGGUGGUUUAUGGGAUCUUCCAGAAUCCUGUCUGAGAGCUGCUCCUGACCAAGAAGACCUACAGAGACUGUCUCUGAAAUCAAGUCCCCAUGAAGAACUAAGAGGAAAAGAAUGACUGCUAUGGUUUUUCUCACAGAAUGGAGAACGACCAGCUGCCUGUGCUUACUGCUACCCCGCUGGUGCCCCUUCAGAACCACAGCUGCAUGGAGGCAGCUGAGGCCCUGCUGCCCAGUGGCCUGGUGGAAUUCCAUGAGGAGCACGGCUGGAUGAGCAACAGGACAGACCUUCGGUAUAGACUGAACCCUGGAGAGGUGGCUACAGCCAGCAUUUUCUUUGGCGCUCUGUGGUUGUUCUCUAUCUUUGGCAAUUCCCUGGUGUGUCUGGUCAUCCACAGGAGCCGGAGGACUCAGUCCACCACCAACUACUUUGUGGUGUCCAUGGCGUGUGCUGACCUUCUCAUCAGUGUGGCCAGCACGCCUUUCGUGGUGCUGCAGUUCACCAUGGGACAGUGGACCCUCGGCAGUGCCAUGUGCAAGGUCGUGCGCUACUGCCAGUAUCUUACCCCGGGUGUCCAGAUCUACGUGCUUCUCUCCAUCUGCAUAGACCGAUUUUACACCAUCGUCUACCCACUGAGCUUCAAGGUGUCCAGGGAAAAGGCCAAGAAGAUGAUCGCAGCCUCCUGGAUCUUAGAUGCAGCAUUUGUGACCCCCGUCUUCUUUUUCUACGGCUCCAGCUGGGACAGCCAUUGUAACUACUUCCUCCCUUCCUCCUGGGAGGGAACCGCCUAUACUGUUAUCCACUUCUUGGUGGGCUUUGUGAUUCCCUCUGUCCUCAUAAUCUUAUUCUACCAGAAGGUCAUAAAAUACAUCUGGAGAAUAGGCACUGAUGGGCGGACCCUGAGGAGGACGAUGAACAUCGUCCCCAGGACAAAGGUGAGAACCGUUAAGAUGUUUCUCCUCUUGAACGUAGUGUUUCUGUUCUCCUGGCUGCCUUUCCACGUGGCUCAGCUCUGGCACCCCCACGAGCAAGACUAUAAGAAGAGCUCCCUUGUCUUCACAGCGGUCACGUGGGUGUCCUUUAGCUCUUCAGCCUCGAAGCCCACUCUCUACUCAAUUUAUAACGCCAAUUUUCGGAGAGGGUUGAAAGAGACUUUCUGCAUGUCCUCGAUGAGAUGCUACCGCAGCAAUGCCUACACCAUCACAGCCAGCUCGAGGAUGGCCAAAAGAAACUAUGUCGGCAUUUCAGAAAUCCCUCCCGUGAGCAGGACGGUAACCAAAGACUCCGUCUAUGACUCAUUUGACCGAGAGGCCAGGGAAAAGAAGCUUGCCUGGCCCAUCAAUUCAACCCCACCAAACACUUUUGUCUAAUUUCUAAGAGUUCUUCCACUGUUGUUAUGUGCCAGAGAUUAAAAACCUUUAACUAUAUAAAGAGGGAAGGGAUUGGCGUAGUUCUCACUCGGCCGUCUGUUUGUAAAGUGCAUCCACUGUUGAUUGCGGUUCCUGUGGAUCUUGUUGGUCAGUAGUGCGCCCACUGAUAGAUGCCCGUGAAAAGUUCUUUCCUGGGCUGGAGAUGGCUCAGUGGUUAAGAGCAGUGGUUGGUCUUCCAAACCCCAGCACCCACAUGGCAGCUCACAGCCACCUGUGUUCUGGUUUCAGGGGAGUCAGUGACCUCUUUUGGCCUCUCGGAACACUACACGCUUGUGCACAGACACUUAUGCUGGCAAAGCACCUUUACACACAAAAUUUUUAAAAAGCAAAAACCUCUCUGUUCGUUUGUUUGGAAGUUCUUUCCUGAAUGGGAGCGAUAGCUCAGAGGGUGGGGGCGCUCACUACCAAGCCUGACGACUUGAGUUAGAUCCCGGUAGCCCCCAUGACGGAAGGAGAGAACCAACUCCCACAAGGUGUGGUCUCCACACACGUUUUUGUGGCACGCCUACACUUGUGUCUGCACACUCACACUAAAUAAAUGUGAAAGAAAAAUGUAAAACACUUUGCUAUUUUUGCCCUAGCACCCUGUCAGUAUACACACUCUUCUAUUGUUGGUUCUGUCUUGCUUUGUUUUGUUUUUGUCUUUUCUCUACUGAAUUUUGGUAACCGCGGCCUCCUAUUCCACUGAAAUCUGUUAAGCAGAACAUUUCAAGAACUUGUGUUUCUCAGCCGAGCAACCCUGCCCAUCCACCGAGCCUAAUGGGACUGGGGAAGCCUCCUGUGAUGGGUUUAACCAUUCUUUGGGGGAGAGAUGCUUGCAGUCAUCUACCUUCCUUGCCUUCUCUUGUUAUCCUUCCUUAGUCCAAGCAGCUGGUGAAGCCUUGAAAAUCCACUAUUGAUUUAUUGGUGGUGGUGGGGUGCACUUGGAGAGACAGAGGACAGCUCGCAGGAGUCCUUACCUUCCACUCUGUAGGUUCUGGAGCCUGAACUUGGGCCAUUGGGCUUAACAACGGGCA